UUUUCCUAUAAAAACCUCCCACGUCUUCCCAUCAAGUUGUCUUGCUAAAGCCCUUGCUGGCGAAAUCAAGGCCCACCUCUCCUCCUCCAUUGAGAAUUGAGAAAUGCAGAGAAAUGGGAAGAGCCCCAUCGCGGUGGGGCCAUGGGGAGGGCAAGGUGGGACGAAAUGGGAUGAUGGUGCAUACACAACAAUAAGGCAGCUGGUAGUGGUCCACGCAGUUGCAAUCGACUCCAUUCAAAUAGAGUAUGACAACAAAGGGAGUUCGGUUUGGUCAGAGAAACACGGUGGAAGUGGUGGGAGCAGGACAGACCAGAUCAAGCUUAAUUUCCCAGACGAGUACCUCAUUUCAAUCAGUGGCUACUAUGGUUCCAUCUUCUUUGGAUUUCCAACCAUCGUCCGAUCUCUCACAUUCGAAACCAAUCGAACCAAGUACGGCCCAUUCGGUUUCCAACAAGGUACACCUUUCAUAUUCCCAGCAACAGGUAGUAAGAUCGUUGGAUUUCAUGGCUCAUCUGGCUGGUACCUGGAGUCGAUUGGCUUUUAUCUGAAACCAAUGGACGAUCCCAGUCCAUCCAACGCUUUGAUCCCAUCAUCGCGAACCCUGACCGUCGAUCGGAGCGCCACGGGUAAAGUGGGGUACAGUGUCGUUCAAGGAACGGUUGGGAAAGGCUAUGAUAUAGUGCUGGCUGUGAGAGAGAGGGAGGACAGCAAUAGCAAUUCCAACAGCAGCAAAGUUACGUGGAACAGCUUAUCCAGGCAAUCUUCUCAGAGUAGUGAGAGUGAUGAUGAAAUGCCUAAUAAGCUGGCGACCAUUCCCAGCUUCACUGAAAAAGGAGCCCCACCCGUAGGUGGUGGGCCCAUCACCUAUGGGCCAUGGGGAGGGAAUGGCGGCAUCAUUUUCGACGACGGAAUGUACACAGGUGUUCGACAAAUCAAUAUAACGCGUAAUGCCGGAAUCACGUCCAUAAAAGUUCUGUAUGAUCGUAACGGGCAAGCGAUAUGGGGAAGCAAGCAUGGUGGAAGUGGAGGGAUAAAAUCAGACAAGAUAGUGUUCGACUAUCCAUUCGAGAUCUUAACACACAUAACGGGCUACUAUGGAACUACGUUGAUCAUGGGGCCGACGGCGAUAAAAUCCCUUAUGUUUCACACCACGAAAAGGAAAUACGGUCCGUUUGGUGAGGAAAGUGGGACCUUCUUCUCUUCAAACAUAAAAGAUGGAAUGGUCGUUGGAUUCCAUGGGAGGAAUGGAUGGUACAUUGACAGCAUUGGAGUCCAUGUUCUCGAGGGGAAAGUUUUCGUGCCACCACAACCUACUCCUCCCACUAACUCAUUCGGCACGCCGAUCUCCGAGGUUGAUAAUCCUCAAUGGUCUAAUAAACUAGUUGUCGCAAAGAGAGGCGGACCUGGUGAGGAGGUUGUUUAUGGUGUAGUAAAAGAACCGGUCCCAAGCGGGCCAGGGCCAUGGGGCGGCGAUGGAGGUCGACCAUGGGAUGACGGCGUGUUCUCUGGCGUCAAACAAAUUUUCCUAACAAGAGGAGAAGCUAUGACAUCGAUACAGAUCGAGUAUGAUCGGAACGGACAAUCCAUUUGGUCUACAAAACAUGGUGCCGGUGGGGGAGAGGCCACACAUAGGAUUAGAUUCGACUACCCAAAUGAGGUUCUCAAUUGCAUCAGCGGCUAUUACUGCUCCAUCAACAGAGAUGAGGGACACAAGGUGAUCAGAUCACUCACAUUCUUCACCAGUAGAGGGAAGUAUGGCCCAUAUGGAGAGGAUAUUGGGACCUUUUUCACUUCCACAAUUACUGAGGGGAAGGUGGUUGGCUUCCAUGGACGGAGUGGAUUGUAUCUGGAUGCAAUUGGGGUCCACAUGCAACAUUGGUUGGGAUCAGAAAAAAGGCCGUCCAAAUCUUUAAUCUCAAAAUUUUUGGGUUGAUCAUCUACUAAUGGAAGUAUUUAUUUCGACGC